AUUUGACGCGUACUAUUACAAAGUGAUUGUUGUGCAAAAGUGUUUAAGUCUGAGAUUAUAGCUUCUUUAAAACUCACUCUAGCUAAAAAGGUCGGCUUUUGAGGCCUAAAAUAAUAUUUGAAGUGGAAGCAGAGAAGUUUUGUAACCGCUGUUUACUGUGGCGCAGCGUAUUACUGUUCUUCGUCAAACGCCAUUUGGUUGUAGUCAACGCGUGCCUCAGCUCACCGCAGCCAUUCCUGUUUGUUCGGAUAACCGACAACUGUUGUGACUAUUCAUCGAUAGUUCUAUAACAGGCGCAGUCAUGACAAAGGACCCUAAUAGACCGAGAGGAAAAACAUCAUCCUAUGCAUUCUUUGUUGCAACCUGUCGUGAGGAGCACAAAAAGAAACACCCUGGCACCUCUGUAAACUUCUCAGAGUUUUCCAAGAAGUGCUCAGAGAGAUGGAAGACCAUGUCAGGCAAAGAGAAGGGCAAGUUUGAGGAGUUGGCAAAGAACGACAAGGUCCGCUAUGAACGUGAGAUGAAGACCUAUGUGCCUCCAAAGGGUGCCAAGAAGGGAAAGAAGAAGAAGGACCCCAAUGCCCCAAAGAGACCACCUUCUGCUUUCUUCGUCUUCUGCUCUGAUCAUCGUCCCAGAAUCAAGGAAGAACAUCCAGGCAUCUCCAUUGGAGAGAUUGCCAAGAAGCUUGGGGAGCUGUGGUCUACUCAGAGUUCCAAAGAUAAGGCUCCAUAUGAGGCAAAGGCAGCCAAACUGAAGGAGAAAUAUGAGAAGGAAGUUGCUGCUUACCGUGCCAAGAGCGGUACAGGAAAGAGCGACGCAGGUAAGAAGAGCGGCCCAGGUCGGCCCCCCAAGAAGGCAGAACCAGCUGAUGAUGACGAUGAUGACGACGAUGAUGAAGAGGAAGAUGACGACGACGAUGAUGAUGACGAUGAUGAAUAAGUGAUUUCUUUCAAGAUGUGAAGCGUUGUUCUGCUUAAUGUUUUGUAUGUUUGCAAAAGUUUAUAGCCUGCUGUCCCUGUGGUCCUCUGACGCAUAAUUCUUAAAAUUCAGGGAUUUAGUUCGAUACUGUCUUUUGAAUUAAUAUUCUCAACUUCCCAUAACGGUUUGUUAUUAGGACCAGUUCACUUGUCAAAGAGAAAUGAUGCACGAUCUUCCUGUGAAAACAACUGGACUGAAACCUCUGCAGACAGUGGUCAGUCAUUCAGUCAAAGGUUUUAAGAGUUACUUUUCUGGAAGCACUGCUGUUGUCCUGUGUGUAGUGGUGCUGUUUAUUCACUUGUUUUACUACCAGGAUUUAUCUGUAGUUGAUUUAAAAAAAUAAGUCUGCAACCAUUUUUUUAUAAAUGUGGAACUUUCAUGUAGAAUGGAUUUUUCUGUUUUGUAAUAAAAAUUUGUAUAUUGACAA